AAACAAGAUCUUCAGAUAUUUUUAUAUUUUCCGAUUCUCACUUUCGGGUCUUAGUUAUCAAUUUCUAAGUUUUUUGCUGCUAAAAUUUUUUAAUUGUUUUUUUUCCCAGAGAAAUCGAAGGCGGAAGGAAAUAAGUUAAGAGGAGGAUCAUCUAGGGAGCAAACAAAAAAGUUCAUGAUUGAAACGAUGUUCGUGAAGAGGUAUCCGUUCAGAGGAUCUUCUUCUUCCGCCGGAAAACACUCGUAGCCGCCGCCACCGACUGUCAAUGUGGCUCACCUAAGAGUCGGAUCUUAUUACGAAAUCGAUCACUCUGUUCAGAGGUCGCCGGAGCAACUUAAGUCCAUCCCAAUCGGAAGCAAGAGGAUGAACCGGAGUAAGACCAUCUUCAAUGGCUUACUUUAUUUUUUACUUUAAAAUAGAAUAACUCUAUAAUAGAGUUUGAGUUUGCUCUAAUGGUACUCUAUUUUAGAGUAAAAAAUAGAGUGAUAAACAAAGAAAAAACAAAUUAUUUUUCACUCUAUUAUAGAGCGAGAAAUAGAGUAACAUUAGAGCAUUCUUUACUUUUAGAGUGAAAAAUAGCGUUUUAGAGUGAAAAAUAGAACGGGGUUAGAGAUGCUCUAAACCGGAGAGGAGGAGUAAUGCUAGUCUUCUUCCCGUUUUGGACGAGAGCCACGUGGUGUCGUCGGAGCUAGCCGGGGAUUUGCUUUUCAGGAGAGUCGCACCUCACCAAGUUUCCAUGAGCAGAAGAAACUCCUGGGUUUCUGGCAACGACCACAUUAAUCUCUCUCGCGCCCAAGGAAACUGCUUGUCUGAGCUGAAGUCGGGAGGGAUGAUUAAAUGGGGGAAAAGAAUGCGCGUGCGUUACCAGAGCCGGCAUAAGGAGGAAGAUGGUGGGAACGAAACAGAAGCCUCUGAUUAUGCAGCCCCUAAGAGAAAAAAGCUGGUUGAAUCCAGCACUAGGAGACUCCCUCAGAGGGCAAGGGUAUCUGAUCAGAAGAAGAAUAACAAGGAAACCCAGAUCGUUGUUUAUAAGAGGAGAUCACCUAAUCAGUUUAUUGACAGAUGGUCUACUGAGAGGUACAAACGAGCUGAGAAGAACAUGUUGAAAGUGAUGAAGGAUAAAAAUGCAGUUUUUGGCAACCCCAUACUAAGACCAGAGUUGAGGUUAGAGGCGAGGAAGCUCAUUGGAGACACGGGUCUGUUGGAUCAUCUGCUUAAGCACAUGGCUGGUAAGGUGGCUCCUGGAGGUCAAGAUAGGUUUAUGAGGAAACAUAAUGCAGAUGGGGCAAUGGAGUAUUGGCUGGAGAGCUCUGACUUGGUUCACAUAAGGAAAGAAGCAGGAGUUAAUGAUCCUUUUUGGACGCCUCCACCUGGUUGGAAGCUCGGUGACAGCCCUACUCAAGAUCCUAUCUGCGCUGGAAAAAUCCGUGACAUCAGAGGAGAAGUAGAUACCCUGAAAAGAGAAUUGGAGAAACUCGCUUCAAAGAAGGACGAGGAGCUUGCAAUGAUGAAUACACCUAUUUCCUGCGUUACGAGUCAGAACGUGGACCACGAUAAUAUGAUCCCUCUAGCAAAGGAAAUCUACACGGAUCUGCUGAAGAAGAAAGACAAAAUUGAGGACCAGCUAGUGACAAUUGCAGAAGCCUUGCAUAAAAUGGAGGAAGAUAUGGGAUGGCUUCGGAGGACAGUGGACGGGAACUGCCCUAGAAAGCCAGACUCAACAGAGAUGCCUUUGCUACUAGAGGAUUCACCAAUAAUGAAGACACCAGAAGGAGAAGUGAAUAGGGAAAACCAAAUCAAAGAGCUCCCUCAAAAAGGCAGGACAGAUGAACGCCCACUACUUUCACUUAAGAACAACACUGGUUUUAGAAUCUGCAGGCCUGUGGCGAGUUUCUCAUGGCCCAACCUGCCUGCUCUUGCUGCUGCUACUGACAAUGAUGAAAUUGCUUCUUUGCCAAGUCACCACCGACCAUCUCCUUCCCUUACUUGUCCAGUCAAGCCGCUUGCAGCUAAGCGUCCUCUCCCCAAGAUCAAGCUCCCACGGAUCUUUUCAACCUUUAAACUCUCACUGGAAACUGCAACUCUGAUUUGGUUUAGUCUGGAUUUAUAAACUACAAGCAAGCAGGUAUUUACAGCCAUCAUUUAUUACAGAAUUUAAAGCACGGAGAGAAGUUAUUAUAUUAUUCUUAUGGAAAUAAUUGACAAUUUUGAAAAGUUCCCCUCUUUAAUUUAGGUAUUUUGUCUCUGGUUAAGUAUAUAUAGAGGGGGGUAUGACAUGAUUCGGCUUAUCAUAGAGACCAUAUAUUUCAAUACUGGGAUCAGAUGGUUCUAUAUUACUGAACAUUUUUUUUUACAUAUGAAAUAAAGAAAAAAAAUAUCCUAA